AUGACUUCCCCCUGCCAAUUGGACUCUAACCAGAGCAGCUAUUAUGGGCUGCAGGAGAUGGGGACUGAAGGGAGUGGUGGCAAAGAUAGAGGGGCCUACUGGCCACCACCCGCCGCCAUUUUUUCGCCGAGUUAUUCACUCUCCCCGUGUGUCUCCCCCCCCUUAGUGCCGCCCCUCAUCCAGCCCUUCGACAUCCCCUCUACCUCGGUGGGGAAGCUCAUGUACAUCGCCUGCGUGGUGUCGUCCGGGGACAUGCCCAUACGCAUCACCUGGCACAAGGACGGCCAGCUCAUCAUCCCGGGCUCCGCCUCGGGCGUGGCGAUCGAGACCAAAGAGUUCAUGAGCUCCCUGCAGAUCUCCAAGGUGACGCUGAAGCACAACGGGAACUACACCUGCAUCGCCAGCAACGCCGCCGCCACCGUCAGCUGGGAGAGGCAGCUGAUCGUCACCGUGCCCCCCCGUUUUGUGGUACAGCCCAAUAACCAGGACUGCAUAUACGGAAAAGCCGGAGUUCUAAAUUGCUCCGUGGAGGGGUACCCACCCCCAAAAGUCAUGUGGAAACACGCAAAAGGUGUUGGAAAUCCCCAACAGUAUCACCCUGUCCCUCUCACUGGCCGCAUCCAGAUCAUGUCAAAUGGCUCUCUGCUCAUCCGACACGUUCUUGAGGAUGAUCGGGGGUACUACCUCUGUCAGGCCUCCAACGGCGUGGGCUCAGACAUCAGUAAAAGCAUGAUCCUCACUGUCAAGAUUCCCGCCAUGAUCACCAGCCACCCCAACACGACCAUGGCGAGGAAGGGCCAGAUCAAGGAGCUGAACUGCACGGCGCGGGGGGAGCAGCCCAUCAUCAUCCGCUGGGAGAGGGGGGACACGGUCAUCGACGCGGAGAGAAACCCCCGCUACUCCAUCACCAUCAACAAGAAAGGGGACGAAGUCAUCUCCACCCUAAAGCUGAACCCUGCAGAGCGAGGAGACUCCGUCUUCUUUUCCUGCCACGCCAUCAACUCCUACGGAGAAGGCCGAGGCCUCAUCCAGCUCACAGUCCAAGAGCCACCAGACCCCCCAGAGCUGGAAGUGAGGGAGGUGAAGGACCGGAGCAUGAACCUACGCUGGAUCCAAAGGUUCGAUGGCAACAGCAUCAUCACCAGCUAUGACAUCGAGUACAAGAACAAGUCAGAUUCUUGGGAUCACAUGUACACAACCAGGAACAUUUCGCCGACUAACAACCAGGCCAACAUUGUUGAAUUGCACCCGGCCUGCGUCUACAGCAUCCGCAUGUACUCCUACAACAAGAUCGGCCGCAGCCUUCCCAGCAAAGAGCUCACCAUCAGCACAGAGGAAGCACCACCUGACGGUCCACCAAUGGACGUCAUCCUCCAGCCAAUGACGUCUCAGAGCAUACGAGUCACAUGGAGGAACGGGGUGAUCCGAGGCUAUCAGAUCGGCUACAGGGAGAACGGCCCGGGCAGCAACGGCCAGUACAGCAUCGUGGAGAUGAAAGCCACGGGGGACAGCGAGGUGUACACGCUGGACAACCUGAAGAAGUUCGCUCAGUACGGGGUGGUGGUCCAGGCCUUCAACAGGGCCGGGACCGGCCCCGAGCCCCCGCAGAACGUGCGGGCCAUCUCGGUGACGUCUGACGAGGCGGUGAUCACGUGGGCGGAGCCUCCGCGGCUCACGCUGCACGGCGUGCUCAAGGGCUACCGGGUGGUGUUUUGGUCCCUCUUCCCCGACGGAGGUGGGUGCUGUGGGGGCCAGGCCCAGUGGCCAAUGCAGAAAUGGGGAGAAAUGCAGAACAUCACCACCACGCGGGAGCAGGUGGAGCUCCGCGGGCUCGACAAGUUCACCAACUACAGCGUCCAGGUGCUGGCCUACACUCAGGCCGGAGACGGGGUCCGCAGCAAUGUCCUGUACAUCCAAACCCGGGAGGACCUGCCUGGCCCCCCAGCUGGCAUCAAAGCGGUUCCUUCCUCUCCGAGCAGCGUGGUUGUGUCCUGGUUACCCCCCCUGAAACCCAACGGGGUCAUCCGCAAGUACACCAUCUACUGCUCCAGCCCGGGAUCCGGACAGCCAGCACCCAGCGAGUACGAGGCCAACCCGGAGAUGCUCUUCUACCGCAUCACGCACCUGAGUCGCAGUAAACAGUACCACAUCUGGGCCGCCGCCGUGACGACCGCCGGCCGCGGCAACAUCAGCGCAAAGGUCACCGUGGAGCCCGCUGGGAAAGUCCCGGCUAAGAUCCUGUCCUUCGGGGGCACGGUGACCACGCCCUGGAUGAAGGAGGUGCGUCUGCCUUGCAGCUCAGACUCCGCCAUCCCAGUGACGGCCGACAGCCAGAGGCAGAUCUUAUCCAACGGCACCCUGGUCUUGCGCUCGGUCAAAGCAGAGGAUUCUGGGUACUACACCUGCACGGCGACCAACACCCUCGGCUUCGACACCAUCAUAGUCAACCUUGUGGUGCAAGUUCCUCCUGACCAGCCUCGCCUGACUGUCUCCACCACCUCCACCUCCUCAAUCACUUUAGCUUGGAUCCCCGGAGACAACGGUGGAAGCUCAAUCAGAGGAUUCGUGCUGCAGUAUUCGGUGGACAACACGGAGGAGUGGAGGGACGUGUUCAUCAGCUCCAGCGAGCGCUCCUUCAGGCUGGACAACCUGCGCUGCGGGACUUGGUACAAAGUCAAGCUGGCCGCCAAGAACAGCGUCGGGUCGGGGCGCAUCAGCGAGAUCAUCGAGGCAAAGACGCACGGAAGAGAACCAGUUUUCAACAAGGACCAGCCUCUGCUGACCCACAUCAACUCCACCCACGCGGGCCUCAACCUGCAGGGCUGGACCAGCGGGGGCUGCCCCAUCACCGACCUGAUGCUGGACUUCAGACCCAAAGGCACGUGGGCCUGGCAGAGCCUCAAGGCCAACUCCACCACCCAGUUGUUCCUCAGCGAGCUGCGGGAGGCCACCUGGUACGAGCUGAAGAUGAAGGCCUGCAACAGCGCGGGCUGUGGGAACCAGAGCUCCCAGUUCGCCACCACCGACUACGACGGCAACGAUGUAAAGAAGCUGUUCUCCAUCGGCUCCCCGGUCAUCUUGGUUACGCUGGGUGUCGCUUUGCUCUUCAUUAUCCGCAAGAAACGUAAAGAAAAGAGACUCAAACGGCUCAGAGGGGAGGACAAGGCAGCGGUGCCGGUGACGGACACGGAGUUCAGUCAGUCGGUGAACCCACAGAACUUCUGCACCGGGGUGUCCCUACACCACCAGGCUCUGAUCCAGAACUCAGGGCCUCUGAUUGAUAUGUCCGACAUCCGCCCUGGAACCACCCACAGCUCCAGGAACAGAUACUCCAGCCAGUGGACCCUGAGCCGGCCCAGUCAGAGCCAGUCCACGGCCUCGGCGCGAACUCUGACCUCCGACUGGCGCACCAUGGGCUCCCGCGGCAUCACGGCCACGGAGAGCGAUAGCUACAGCGCGAGCCUGUCCCAGGACACGGAUAAGGGUCGUAACAGCAUGGUGUCGACGGAGAGCGCCUCCUCCACCUACGAGGAGCUGGCCCGGGCCUACGAGCACGCCAAGCUGGAGGAGCACCUGCAGCACGCCAAGUUCACCAUCACCGAGUGCUUCAUCUCCGACAGCUCCUCGGACCAGAUGACCACGGGCACCAACGACCCGGCCGACAGCAUGACGUCCCUCAGCACGCCCUCCGAGCCGGGCAUCUGCCGCUUCACCGCCUCGCCGCCCAAACCGCAGGACUACGACCGCGGCAAGAACGUGGCCGUGCCCAUCCCCCACCGAGCCAACAAAAGUGAAUUCUGCAACCUCCCCCUUUACAUGAAGACGGACCCCUUCUUCCGGAAGCAGGGCGAGCUGCAGGACCCGUGCCCGGCGGUGCCCCCGCGGGAGGCGUCCAUCCGCAGCCUGACCCAGCGCGCCUACCACACGCAGGGCCGCCACAAGACUCUGGACCCGGCCAAGCCGCAGGCGCUCACGCUGGGCCACUCGGGGCUGGGCGCCGCGUCGGGCACCGCCACGCUGCCCCAGAGGACUCUGACCAUGCCCGGCCCGGUCGCCGCGGCAACCGCCUCCACCUCCAGCACGGGCAGCGGCGGCGGGGGGAAGGUGGGCGGGUCCCGGGACUCGCUGCUGGAGAGCAGCUCCUCGGCGCUGGGGAGGCUCCAGAAGCAGAGCGCCGGCGCCUACUCCAAGUCCUACACCCUGGUGUAG